AACAGUGGAGAAGAAAGCCGCCGGUAAUGACAUGCAAAAUCCGGACCUAAAAUGUGGAAUGCAAAUCACAGAGGCGCUACGCAUUCAACACGUCAUGCAGAGACGCCUCGGCAAGCAGCUUAAGAUGCAACGAGAUCUGCAGCUGAGGAUAGAAGCGCAGGGCAAGGUACUGAAGAGAAUGAUGGAAAAUCAUCUGAAGGGGAGCAGGAAUGCAACGGAGACGCAAGAGGUGGACGAUGUCUCCCCGUUUUCUGGCCAUGAUGACGACGCCUUCGAUAACCUGCACCUCCCGUUCCGCGAUGGCAUCAGCUGCUCUGACGACGAUGUGUUCACGUCUAAAAUGAGUUAUUAGCUACUAGUAGUACUUGUGAUUCUAAAUUGUGCAUUUCACUACGGACGUGGACGUUUGGCAAAUGCUGUCAGCUGUCCCAGGUAUCCCGUGCUUGAAAGCGGCCACGGAUAUUCAUACCUAAAGUAGUGUCUAUGCCUA